GAUUAAUUUGCGCCUCUGCUCUGCUACGUCUACACUCCCUAUUUCUUUCUUAUUUCUCUUUUAUUUUAAUCACUCACUUUUAUUUCUCUUCAGUUCUUUGUCUUUCAUCCCUCCCGUUUUUCAUUCUUCUCACCGUUAAACACAAUGUUGCCUACUCCUUCACCGGCGCCACCCGCUGCGGCUGCUGGUCUGACAUCGGCGUCGAGCUCUGCUUCUGUGCAGAGGCUGAGACUGGAGAUGGACCAGCUGGGGCUUUCUCUUAAUAUGGAUAUGGCGACUAGAGCAUUCUCUGAGCCCGUCAGAGUGACAGAUUUUGCUGCGAAAUUCUUGGGGUUGAGUGAUCUGCCACAGACUCUGUCUGAUGAAGAUCGUCUUAAGCUUGAAAAAGCUCUGUUAUCACUGAAAAUCGAAGCAAGCCACAGGGGCUACACAAAAAGUUAUAAGAUUACUGGGUUAUCAGUUAAGCCACUGAAUCAAAUCUUUUUAACCUUUAAUGAGGAGGAAAUGACAGUUGAUCGGUAUUUUCAUCUUCGAUACGGUGCUGAUCUUAACUUUACUUCCUUGCCUGCCCUUAAAGUUGGCAGUGAUUUGAGACCCGUUUGCUUGCCAAUGGAGCUUUGUACGAUUGCGGGUGGUCAAAGGUACAGCAAGAAACUUAACCUGACGCAGGUAACAGCGCUGCUCAGAGAUACUUGCCAACGCCCUCACGACCGAGAAGAAAGCAUUGAACAGAUGGUUAAGCAUAAUGGUGAUGAACUUGUAAGGGAUGAGUUGGGAAUUUCAGUUAACGAAGAACUAACUGAAAUCAAUGCCCGAGUUUCGCCUCCUCCCAAGGUUACUAUGCACCAUGCUAAAUUCAUUGAUGGUGGGACAGUGGAUCGCUGGACAUGUGUGAACUUCUCGUCACUCAUCAAUGGAGAUGCGCAUGCUGACUUCUGCGGGAAACUGAUUCAGAUGUGUGUCUGGAAGGGAAUGGUGUUCAACAUAAAUCCUGUAAUUCCAAUAUUUUCAGCGCCUCCUGAGCAAACUGAGAGGACCCUGCUCGAUAUUCACGAGCAGUGCACAGAGAAGGCGGCGAAGCUGCAGCUGUUGAUUAUUAUUCUACCUGAUGGCAGAGGCUCUUAUGGGAAAAUCAAGAGAAUCUGUGAAACAGAACUGGGAAUUAUGUCUCAGUGUUGUAUACCAAAACAAAACAUUCGGAGUAUAUCUUUUGAGGGUCUGUCUCUGAAGAUUAAUGUCAAGGUUGGGGGACGAAACACCCUGUUAAAUGAUGCUUUGCUAAAGAGGAUGCCUCUUGUGUCUGAUUGUCCUACGAUCAUCUUUGGUGCCCAUGUAGCUAAUCCAUCUUCGGGAGAUGAUUCUAGUCCGUCAAGAGCAGCAGUAGUGGCUUCUACGGACUGGCCUGAGGUAACAACAUAUAGAGGACUUGUCUCUGCCCAGGCUCACCAUGAGAAAACAAUCCGUGAUCUAUAUAAAUCAAAUGUGGAUCCGCAGAAGGGAAUAACUCAUUCUGGAAUGGUUAGGGAGUUGUUGAUUGCAUUUGAAAAUGCAACUGGGCAUAAACCUCACAGGAUUAUAUUCUACAGAAAUGGUGGUGGUGAAGGGGAGUUCAGUCAAGUAUUGCUGGAGGAGAUGGAUGCCAUUCGAAAGGCCUGUUCUUCGCUAGAGGCUGGGUAUCUUCCGCCCGUAACCUUCAUUGUGGUGCAGAAAAAGCACCGGACUAGACUUUUUCCUGUUGAACGUGGUCAGACAGACGAGUUUGACUUCUACCUGAACAGUCAUGCCGGAGUACAGGGAACCAGCAGACCGACACAUUACCAUGUGCUGUAUGAUGAAAAUCGAUUCACUGCAGAUACCCUACAGAAGCUGACUAACGAUCUAUGCUACACGAAUGUGAGGUGCACUUGUUCUGUGUCGAUAGUUCCUCCGGUGUAUUAUGCUCAUUUAGCAGCUUACCGUGCUGGAUAUUACAUAGAGGGUGAAAAAUCAGAUGGUGGGUUGAACACAACAGGAAGGGUUGGAGAAGUUCAGGCUCUUCCGACCAUCAAAGAUGAUGUUAAAGAAUUCAUGUUUUACUGCUGAGGUUUUAGGCCUUGUUGGUUGGACUGUUUUUGCACAUUUCAAGUGUUGCUACUAAUUUUGAGCCUCUAACUUGCUUGAUUAUUAUUUUGCAGCAGAGGCUGUUAUUCAGGUUGAUUAGAAUUUACACUUAGAACUAAACAACAUUGGGCUUGCUUCGGAAUUUUGCUUAAACUCUUUGUAAAUUCUUUGCUUAAUGCUCAGCCUUCAAAUUUA